CACACCUCUACUUUUUAUUCUACCAGAUUAGUCUCUUUUUUUCCUUGGAUAAAAGAAUCCUUUAUAUGUUCACAAGAUUGGAGUAAGAAUAGCUACCACAGGAACCAACACAGAAGAAGAGAAUACCUCGCAUGCAGGAUCAAAGGCCAUGGUGGAAGGUCAACACCAAAAAUCCCUUUUUGCAUCUGUAGCCAAAUCCCCAACAGACAGUGGCAGGCCAAGCAGUAUGGUUGUGAAGAAAGCACAUACCUUAAUUCCUGCAUACGUUGUAGCAGAAGCCAUAUCAACAAUUCAAGGUCUUGACCUCAGAUGGUCAGGUCCGAUAACUCCAUCAGAAAUGCAAUAUGUUGAGCAAUAUGUCUUGGCAAAGUACCCCCAAUAUGCUGGUCUUCUUGUUGGAGAAAAAAUAGAUCUCUCUACUCUUUGUAUCAAUGAAGAGGCUUCAGAGGCUGCACCUGAUGACAAGAAAAAAUCGCCAAGGAGUAGUUUCAGAGAGGUUUCCUCACCAUCCCUUGGAGGCAAUCUCCCUGAUUUGGGUAGAGCACAAUUGGAGCCGUCAAGGCUUCUUGAUAUCCUCACCAAGAAAUCCUCAUUUCCAGGGAGCUUUAUCUCAAUACCAGAAAUCCAAGCUCAAAACAAAGUUUUGAAGCACUGUGGGUUACCUGAUGAUGAGUAUCUUGUUCUCUUCACUCCAAACUACAAGGAUGCAAUGAUGUUAGUAGGUGAGAGCUACCCUUUCUUCAGAGGAAACUUCUACAUGUCCACUAUUGCAGAAGAAAUGGAUUACAUAAGGGAAUUUGCCACAUACAAGGAAUCAAAAAUGAUCUUGGCACCUGAGACUUGGUUGGAUUUGAGGAUCAAAGGAUCACAGCUUAGCCAAUAUUUCAGGAGGAAGAACAAGCACAGCCCAAAAGGGUUAUUCUCUUAUCCAGCUGAUGUGAAUGGGACCCGCUACUCAAUGCAUUGGGUUUCAGAAGCUCAUCGGAACUCAUGGCAUGUUCUGCUAGAUGCAACUGCACUGGUCAUGGGGAAGGAUAGUAUGAACCUUGCGCUCCACAGGCCUGACUUUGUGCUGGGCAGUCCUGACAAUGCACAGGCUAAUCCUUCAAACAUCACUUGCCUUCUUGUAAGGAAGAAAUCUUUUGAUAAUUCAACAACUUCAUCUUAGUCCAAUGAGUAAGAAGAGUUGAUCGGCAUGUGAAUAUUGAAAAUGUGUAAAUUGGUUUAACAUGUAUACAUCCCUGCACCCUCGUAUUAUAAAACCAGUAAUUGAAUUUGGUUAAUUGUAACCUCACACAGAAUAAUCAUUCCAUGGAAUGAAAUUUGAUUGGAUUAUGAUGAAAA